CAGCAACCACCACAACCCCUUCACGUCCUUCUGUUGCCGCCACCCUACCGACAUCCCACUCUCCCCACACACGUACACCACGCACAACAGACACACACCCAUGAACAGCGGUGAUGGGGAAACGGGCUCGUCUUCCUUGGGAACCCACCACCACCACCCGCCGCCGCCGCGGCAGCAGCAGCAGCAACAGCAGCCGUGGCGGGAAAGGGGGCAAGAUGACCAAGAAGACGACAAAGACGAAGAAGAGCCCAUGAUUUGUGCUCCCAAACUCGACCCAGCGCCUGCCACAGCCGCCCCGGCCGCGGCAGUAUCUGCAACAACAGCUGCUGCGAGCACUGCACCGCCUGCUGUGGCUUCCAGCGCCUAUCAUCCUGCCGUUGAGUCUGAGCACGGCAACCGGAAGGGGGCACACGUUAGCAGCUCAGGCACACAUCGACACGACCCUGCUCAUGAGGCAAGUAUGCCCCCAGCAAACGAGCUCAGUCAAGAAGAAGAAGAGCCCACGGUCCCGGGAAAGAGCCGUCGGCCAGGCCGAUUCACGAGCCGCAAGAAGCGCUCCAGCAGCGCUGCCAACCACAACGAUGGUGACUACGACGGCAAUCAGCAGGCCAAACACUCCAAACUCAGCGACGCACAUGCUCCGCAAGCUUCAACAACUCACGACGCUGCGCAUGGCGAGCAUGCAGCGACACAACAACACGCGGCAUAUGUUCCCGAAUUGCAGCGCGCAACAUCCCAACAACAGCAAAGACAUCAGCAACAACAGCAACAACAACAACAACAACAUGUGUAUCAGCAACAGCAGCACCCGCAUAAUAGUUACAGCGCUGUUCACGAGCAACCCACGUCUCCACCCCAGCACCAACAGAGCACGUUCAGUAUUCAAGCGUCCACGGCAGUCAAUCCUGUUCACGGCCCUGCAAUGCAGCCACUUGUUUCAACGGAGGCGAGCUAUUUUCGUCACCCAGCGGUUGCGAGUCAGCCCCAUGCUUCCACCACUGCUUCUGUCGAUGUGCAUCAACCCCAACAGCAGCAACAACAUCAACCCCAACAGCAGCAGCAGCAGCAGCAGCAACAGCAGCAACCGCAACAGCAGCAGCAGCAACCGCAACAGCAUCAGCAAGGAGCAUUUCAGCCCGUUUAUGCGACGCCUUCGAGCGAACUCGCAUUCUCGGUCAUGUCCCAGCCUUUGAUUCAAGCAACAGUGGCCUCCUCACAUGCAAUACCCCUGUUGCAGCAGCCACAACAACAACAGCAGCAGCAGCCGUCACCCUAUCCAGGUUACUCCUUACAGCCGGCCUUGUAUCCCAACACGUCGCACCAGCAGCAACAGCAGCAGGCAUUGCAGUCUCAAUUGCAGACACAGCCGUUUCUCUCCCAGUCACACCCUCGCGCACAACCGUACACAUACACGGACGAGUCGACGCCAGCGCUACCCUCGAUAGCAUCGUCUUCUCAACUGCUGUCAGCAUCAGGUGCAGCGCAACAGCAGCAACACCAACACCAACACCAACACCAACACCAGCAGCAAUACCAAUACCAACAACCACAGCACCCACAACAGCACCCACAACAGCACCCACAACAGCAGCAGCAACAACAGCAGCAGCAACAACAGCUCACCGAUGAGCAAGAGCACUCCACGGCGCACUGCGUGCGCGAGGUGCGAACGCUGCUGAUGACCAUCAACUCAUCGCUCCAACAACUCUCCUCCAUCCUCAGCAACCCGUCCACGCUGCAAGCCCUACACACGCUCGCCAUGGCCGACCCGUCUGACCACGCCGAACGCAUCUCAAAGCGCAUGCGCAAGGCAUUUCGCAAAUACAUUGACGAUGUCCUCGUUGAACAGGGGGUGUCGCUUGCCGAUGUGCCCAAGGGCACGAAGCUGCUGAGCUAUCAGCCCAUUGUGGACGUUGUGCAGACAGCCGUGACGAAAGCGCGCGCAACCCACUCCGACUUUGCAACCGUCUCUGUUCCAGCACUGCGUCGCACCGCUUUCGACAUAUUGAAGCACAAGUUGUACUACAGCCGCCUUCCCGAGCAGAGAAAACUCGAGAAGAACCAGCAGGCUGCCGAGGCCGUGAGCAGACGCCGCCAACGGGCGCGGGCGAGUGCUGAGGCGGCUGCCACUGCUGCUGCUGCUGCUGCUUCCGCUGCUAUGGAUGCGCAGCACACGGGAGACGACCACGGCACCCCACGUGUUCCGGAUGUGGCAGCCAUGUCCAGUGAUCCCCACAUGUACUUCUAACGAACCCAUGACGUGGCCUGAUGUGUGUUGGUGUGCGACGAGCAUAGCUCAAGUGACAUUGGCUCCUGUCUGGCGCGUGCUGUUUUGUGCGAGUUGAAGUUCACAAUCCUAUUUGGCUUUCACGCACUCGCAUGCUUCACUUUGAACGUGUACAUACACGCAUGUACAUACACGCAUGCGCGCGUCUCUCCUUUCUUCGACCUCUUCCUCUCUUUCCCUCCUUUUUUCUGUUGUACAUAUUGUUUGCUACCGGGCGCUUGUCUUGCUGGGCCACUCCUGUAGCGCUGUGCUGAUGUCAUUGUUGUCAUGAUGUAUUGGUUGUUUGAGCGUCGACAAAACUCCUCUGUUCAUCGAACAGCUGCACCAUUACCAGCACACGCGAUGCUGUUUGUGGUGUUGAAGGUGGUGCCUUUCGAGUGCUUGGUUGUGGUGCAGUCAGUGAUGGGCGCAGCGUGAUCACAGUUCGGUUACAUCUACUUGCGUCGAUCUAACCGCGUAAACACGAACACGAG